CAUGGAGAGACUCAUGUCGUGCACAUAGAUGACAGCCAUCAACCGCUGUGUGGACGGUGAGCCCUGGAGUGUUACGGUUGCGCGGUCACGCGCGCGGGGUCGUCGAGACAGCCUGGUCGAGCGGCUGCGUCUGGAGAGCUGUACGAGCAUCGAAUCUCUCAUCGCUCACAUCGCCGGAUUCGGCGGAAUCGGGCCCAACAGCGAAAGUGAUAACGUGGACACAGACAUAGUUCUGUGGCACAGAUAGCCAUUGUCUCAGUGCCGUGUGGUCACUGCUCUCUGAUCCGUCUGAUUCUUGACCGGUCCUUGGCGCUAGCGCGCCUCAGCUCACCGGUUGCCUUGCGCUCCAUAACAACAUCUUGCGCGCCGUUCAAAAUUCCUCUCGCUAAUUUGCAAGCCCGUCAUUCUUUUGCGCUGGCGUGAGGAUGGAUGCUUCCGACAGCAUGGACUGCGCUGCGAGAUCGGGCAUGGAGGCGAAAGAAUAUUGGGUGCAUUUGGACGCUGAAGGCUCACUCGAGAAAUAUCCAGCGAGGCAGCAUGCUCGUCGUGUGCAGGAAAAGCUGGGAAUCGACGAGGGCUUGAUUUAUCUCGCUGGACAGCCUGCGAAGAACAACGAGGACAGCGACAUGCCAGCGCUAUUCCGGCAGCGACGUUACUUCUAUUAUCUUACUGGAUGCAACGAGCCAUCAUGCCACAUGACCUACGACAUCCAACAUGACACCCUGUCACUUUUCAUACCGAGAAUCGACCCAAAGCGCGUCAUCUGGAACGGACGAGGCUCUACUCUUGCCGAAGCUGUUGAAAGGUAUGACGUUGAUGAGGUCUACUAUGUCGACGAACUUGGCGAUGCCAUCAAGGACUGGAGCGACUACCAUGGAGGGCACGGCAGCGACGUCUACGUUCUGCACAAUGACCAAUUUCCGCGAACACCUGGACUUCAUGCAAUCAUCGACUCCAAAUCUUUGCAGCCCGCAAUGAACGCCGCGCGCAUGAUCAAGGAUGAACACGAGAUCGCCUUGAUACGCAAAGCCAAUGACAUCAGCUCAGAAGCUCACAGGAAGGUGCUUGCCAACAUCUUGAAAUACAAGAAUGAGGCGCAAGUUGAGGGCUUAUUUAUGAAUGUAUGUAUCUCACACCAGGCCAAGCAUCAGGCAUACGACCCCAUUGUCGCGUCUGGUCCGAAUGCAGGGACACUGCACUACGACGCGAACAACGAGAACUUUGAAGACCGACAACUCAUGUGUCUGGAUGCUGGCUGCGAAUAUGAGCUGUACGCCAGCGACAUUACGCGCACAUUCCCACUUGCCGAGUCGUGGCCGAGCGAAGAGGCUGAGAACAUCUACAAGUUGGUGGAACGGAUGCAAGAGAGCUGCAUCGAGCGUCUUGCACCCGGGGUGCGAUAUCUUGAUCUUCACAUUUUGGCGCAUCAGAUCGCGAUUGAUGGAUUGCUUAAGCUUGGCCUUCUUCAUAACGGAACCAGAGAGGAGAUCUACGCUGCAGGCACCAGUCGCGCAUUCUUCCCGCAUGGUUUGGGUCAUCAUGUUGGGCUGGAAGUGCACGAUGUUGGACAAGCCGAGCUAAUGAGCGUCAGUAGGGGCAAGGCUGUCCUCGAACAGGUGCCUUCGCUAUUUCCAGAGAACUUCCACGCGCCAGUCUACGAUGCUACUCUUUGCCAUGCACCUACAGACACUCAGAGCAGUCAGCUCCAGGAGGGCAUGGUAGUCACUGUGGAGCCAGGGAUUUACUUCUCCAGUUACGCACUCCAACACUUCUAUCUUCCAUCACCGGUACACUCGCGCUUCAUCAAUCAGGAGGUUUUGCAUCGCUAUAUGCCUGUGGGCGGUGUUCGAAUCGAAGAUGACAUUCUCAUUACCUUAGGAGGCUACGAGAACCUGACCGAUGCACCGAAGGGUGACGCUAUGUUCGACAUCAUUCGAGGACGUAGACCUAGUUUUAGCACCGCCCAACGACAUGAUCAAACUCUGGCGACCCGCUUGGAGGAGCCAUCGCUGUUCCGUGCUCCCGGAUGUCCGCUCCAGGCCACGCCUCAAGGGCUACACUCAAUCAAGCGUACGGCGACCAUGCCGAAUCAGACUAGCGAUAGCCAACGUGCUGAAGCUGAUCACCGAAAUCACGCAUUACAUGUCAAACGCUCCAUGACUACAGACGAGCGUGUUCAGCACUGGCGUCAAUCUCAACCGCAAAAUUCACUCUGUCGAUUGACAACCAGUCAAGAGAAGCUGAAGACCAUGUGCGGAUCGUUCACUAGAGAGUUGAAACACAUUUUCAUUGGUGAAAAUGGUUGCAACGCAUUUCAGUCACGAGGACUCUCGCAAUGCACCGACUGCGCUAUACUAGUCCAGACAUUGGGAAGACUUCGACAGAACUUGGCCUUGUCUAAGCAAGGCUCACCAACGGAUACUCACACUCCACAGGACACCUUCAAUAAUCCUGCCCACCCUGUUAUAGCACCGCAUGCGAUAGAUGCGGGCCUGAGUCUACGAGAGAAUGCGACAGAACCGACCCAGAACUCUGAGGUCAUAUGUGCAGGCGCGCCACCGCGAAACCGACAUCCUUGUCCGAUGCAGACGGUACAAGACGUCAGGCUAACUGAGCAAGAGAGAACUGGAGGAUUCCUUCCUCAGAUGUCAUCGCUGCAGGAUACACAACCACAGCACCCUGCGCUACUGUUUCCACGACACCAGAAAGCCCCAGACUGCGAAGAACCCGAGUCCUACUAUCGAAUUCAUGAGAUUUGUAAAGAACCACUGCUGCAGCGACUGCAAGUCAAGCGUAGAACACCGAACCCAUGGGAUUCUGCUCUCAAGUCACAUGAUUCUGUGCCUAUCAGGGCGCACAUAGUGAAGCAAAAACAGGAACGCCGUCCGGCGAGCAAUCACACCGAUGACCGUGACUGGAUGGCAUAAUGUGCCAAUACAUCUCUCACCAUCGAGCACCGGCUGGGGAUCCAGGUCACUUCUACGUGUCCAAAUUUAACCAUUACGCUCUGCAUACAAUUAUACGUUAUAAUGAACACCAAAGCCACUGAAUAAGCAUACUCAUCGUGUCCCGAGAAACGCAUAUAUCCUCCCAGAUUUUUCUAAUCUACUUCUCAAGACAACAUCCUCGAGCUUUUAUGAUGAUGUGACUCGCUAUGCAUACACCAAUCCCAUCACUUAAGUUCACACCUGCACCGCCCCUUCUUAAUAAGGAACAUGCUCCGUAUAACCGUCCCCUCACAACCUCCUCACAGCCUUGAACAAACAUCCACGUCCCAUGGCUAGAACUUCGAUACA